CCACCAAGCCAAGCGAUGGAGAGCAAACGGGGUAUAUGGGGAAAGGACGGCCUAUAAAGACCCAAUUCUAAUGGCUCUCCAUCUCAACCCUGCUCGCUUUAUAGCGUUCCACCCCCUUCGAUUCCCGCCUCUACGUCUUCCCCUCUCGCAAAUCCUUCGCCCUCCCCCGAGUAGGCGACUAGGGUUUCGUCUCCGUGGACUCUGUAGCGGUGGCGGCAGCGCUACAGGCAGGAGAGUAAUGGAGGCGCCGUUCAUGGUGAAGGAGAGGAUUGAUCUGACGAAAAAGGAGGAGAAGAUCUUCCAGCGAUUGCUCGAUGUUAUCCGUCACUUCAAGUUGGAGACGCAGCUCCGAGUCGCCGGUGGUUGGGUCCGCGAUAAGCUAUUGGGUAAAGAUUGUUAUGAUAUUGAUAUUGCAUUGGACAACAUGUUGGGUCGAGAGUUCUGUGAGAAGGUCAACGAGUUUCUCCAGUUUACAGGUGAAGAACAACAAGGAAUAGGUGUUAUCCAGUGCAACCCUGACCAAUCUAAACAUUUGGAAACUGCAAGGAUGAGAAUUUAUGAUACUUGGAUUGAUUUUGUUAACUUGCGAUCUGAAACCUAUGCUGAGAACAGCCGAAUCCCCACAAUGAAGUUUGGAACAGCUGAAGAAGAUGCCUACAGGAGGGAUUUAACAAUUAACAGCUUAUUCUACAAUAUUAACACUAGCACUGUUGAAGAUAUAACUGGAAGAGGUGUUCAAGAUCUAAAGAAUGGAUAUAUUGUUACUCCAUUACCUCCUAAGGCUACCUUUCUUGAUGAUCCACUCCGAGUUCUUCGAGCAAUUCGCUUUGGUGCUAGAUUUGGAUUUGCAUUGGAUGAAGAAUUAAAGAAAGCUGCCUGUGAUGACGAAGUAAAAGCAGCAAUUGCAGGAAAAAUUAGCAGAGAGCGUAUUGGUCAUGAGAUUGAUCUGAUGAUGUCUGACAAGCAACCAGUGAAAGCAAUUUCAUACAUUGUUGAUCUACAACUAUUUUAUGUUGUCUUCACCUUACCUGCAAAUCCUAAUCCUGCAGUAAUUGAAGGAAUUGAUAGGAUUUGUGUUUCGUAUUUGGAUGCAGCAUGGAAUCUUCUGCAGUGUGUUGGCCACUCAAUAUUUAGUGAUGAACACCGAAGGCUCUACUUAUAUGCGGCAUUGUUUCUUCCAUUUAGAAGUAUGGCGUACAUGGAUAGAAAAUCUAAAAUGGUACCUGUCACCAGCUUUAUCUUUCGGGAUUCCCUUAAGUUGAAGGCUAGUGAUGCUGAGAUGGUGAUGAAUUUGCAUGUUGCAUCUGAGAGGUUCGUUUACUUAAUUCCUUUACUGGAGUCAAACGAAGAUUCAGAAUUUGUUGAUGCAGAGCUUGCUGAUGAAUUCCUUGACAUACCUCUGACUUCAAAAAGAAGGGUUUUGGCAGGACUUCUUCUGCGACAAAUUAAAGAUUUUUGGCGUGUUUCUUUGCUAGCAUCAACUCUAUUAUACUGCAGAGUUGACCACAAUGAUGACCCUUCAAGCGGACAGUUAGAAUCAGAAAGAAGGAAAAUGUUUUCUAAAGUUCAGAGUUUUGUAACUGAAUUAGGUCUUGAUCAGGUGUGGGAAGUGAAACCAUUGCUUGAUGGAAAGGCAAUCAUGAAUUUUCUACAACUAAAGACAGGUGGUCCGCUGGUCAGGGAAUGGCAACAAAAGCUGCUAAAGUGGCAACUUGCUCAUCCUGAAGGAACCGCAGAGGAGUGUCAAGAUUGGAUGAAGCAAUUUCAAGCAAAACGGGCAAAACUUGACUGCUGCACUUGACUCACACAGUCCAUUAGUCUGUCAUUGCACUUACAGUUUUCCAUGUUCAGGAGGAAUGUUGAUGCAAUUACAAGACAAGUUCUUGUGCUGCUGCUGAUAGGUUGCGCCAGUACUUUCUAUGGUCGUCGGUGUGGGUCGAGGACAGUUAUCUUUGAACUCGUUUUACUGUGGCCAACAAGUUUUGUAUCAGCUGACUUCUCUUUUCUCUCCUUUUUGGUUUGGACUCGCAAAACGAGUCUGAUGUAGAAUACUAAAUAUUUAAUGUUAUGUCCAUUUUAACAGGCCAUUUUGACA